AGCUGCCCACAGCAAAGAUGGCGGGCGCGGACUCCUGACGCCGCGGGUCUCCCUCACGUGGCAGCGGCUCCUCCCGACCGACGGCGGCCGCUUUCCCUGUGCCGGAAGCGGAUUACGCUGGUCUGAGGGCAGCGCCGGGGCGGGAGCGGAGAGAGCUGCCCCCGGCUCUGGUGCCCGGCAGAGCAUUACAGAGCCCGUCUGUGAUUGUUUUCAAGAUAGUUUUGCUUAAUGAGGUAUGGGAGAGAAGAAGCCAUGUCAGAAGAAGCUGUUGCUGAGACACGAUUUUCUCUGAAGACAGUAGCAUUACGGGUGUUUCAUCUUCCCCUUUCUUGGUAUUAUUCUCUUAACCAGAUAAAGCUUUCCCCGGGGUUAAAGAAGCUUUUUACAGUGACAGCAGUGAGUGCAAUAUCUGUGAUUUUUCUGGCCCGUCACUUUAAAAGAAGACGUGGAAAGAAAAACAAGAAAGUGCCACCAUGGGAGCCAACUCAUCUUGUAUUAGAGUGUACCAAAGCAUCUGCUUCAGAGAAAGGUUCUAGUUGUUCCAGUAGUCGACAAAACUUGACUCUUUCUCUGAGCUCUGCCAAGGAGAARGGAUCUCAAUCCUGUAUCUAUGCAAAUGGAGGACUUUUCAGCAAAUACUCCGGUUCAGUUCAAAGCCUGACCUCGGUUCAGAGUGCCACCUCUUGUCACAGUUGUGCUUGUGCCAAUUCUAAUUCCUGGGAUAAAGCAGAUGAAGAUGACAUUAAGCUUGUCAAUAUCCCAGUCACAACACCUGAAAAUUUAUAUUUGAUGGGUAUGGAGCUGUUUGAAGAAGCACUGCGGCGCUGGGAGCAGGCACUAACUUUUCGUAACAGGCAAGUUGAAGAUGAAGCAAUCUGUGGUUCCAUUAAGCUGGGAGCAGGGGAUGCAAUUGCAGAAGAAAGUGUAGAAGAUAUCAUUAGUGCUGAAUUCAUUCAUAAGCUUGAAUCUCUUCUUCAAAGAGCUUAUCGUCUUCAGGAGGAGUUUGAAGCCACCCUUGGGGUCUCUGAUCCUGCUGCUCUAGCUAAUGAUAUUGAUAAAAAUACAGACAUUACUGUGAAGGAUAAUACGGAUGAUUUCUGCCUUCGAGAUACAUUAAGUAUUGCAUCCACAGACUCCUUUGUUUCCACAGCUGAGCUUUCAGAGCACAGAGAAAUUCGUAGCAUGUAUGGUCUGGAUUCCCUUUGCCAUUGCCCCUUGUAUGAAGAAGCCAUGCACUUAGCAGAAGAAGGCAAAAUUUAUUCACGGGUGUUAAGGACUGAAAUGUUUGAAUGUCUGGGAGACAGUGACUUCCUUGCCAAGCUUCAUUGUAUUCGACAAGCUUUUCAGAUAAUUCUUUCAGAAACAGCAAACAGAAUAUUUCUUGCUGAAAGUGGAAGAAAAAUUUUGUCUGCUUUAAUUGUGAAAGCACGAAAGAAUCCAAAGAAAUUUGAAGAUGUCUUUGAUGAAAUGAUAUAUUUUUUGGAACAAACAGAUCACUGGGAUAAUACCGAAAUGGAACUUGCUGCUAGAGGAGUGAAAAAUCUGAAUUUUUAUGAUGUUGUUCUGGACUUCAUAUUAAUGGAUUCAUUUGAAGAUUUGGAAAAUCCACCAAUAUCUAUACAGAAUGUAGUAAAUAAUCGCUGGUUAAAUUCCUCUUUUAAAGAAACAGCUGUAGCUUCAAGCUGUUGGUCAGUACUGAAGCAAAAAAGACAGCAAAUGAAGGUGCCUGAUGGAUUUUUUGCACAUUUCUAUGCUAUAUGUGAACAUAUCAGCCCUGUUUUGGCCUGGGGCUUUUUGGGUCCUAGAAAUUCCCUGUAUGACCUAUGCUGCUUCUUCAAGGAUCAAGUGCUUUUCUUCCUCAAAGACAUUUUUGAUUUUGAAAAGGUGAGAUACUCAACUAUGGAGAGCCUGGCUGAAGACCUCACGCAGCUGCUGAUCCGCCACACGGAACUGUUGCUGGCUUAUCUCGGGGCAGACUCACUGAGACACGUGGGUGCCUGUGUCAGUGGCCACGGGCCCGUCGUGACCAGUGGGCUGCUAGAAGCAAAAGUGCAGUAAGCUCCAAACCUCUGGCCAAUGGCAGGGAGUGCACAUAGAUGUGCUCUUCUCCACCCUUUUCUCUCAUGCUGAAGCUGCUGUGGCUGUCACUGAGCAAGCAUCUGGGAAUGCGUCAUGUCACUAAGUGUGGAAAAGGACUCAGGGAGGUUAAAUGUACAUCUGUGAAAAGAGCUGGGGAGCGUGUUGUUGUAAAUACCUACAUUCAUUCUGCAGCUCAGCCGUUGCUGUGUUUAUAUUUCAUAUAUCCCAAAGCUUUUUUCUGUAAUAUUCGGGUAAAGGUUAUUUAUGAAGUACUGUACUUUYGCACAAAUGAUUCGUUAAGUGAAGCUGAUGGAGUUGUUUCCUUUAAAAGCUUAUAGUACAAAAUGUUCAUUGCAGAGUCUCCAAAUCAUUAGGUGUCURGAUCUAGAAGUGUUUUGACUGGGGUAUGUGCAGUCUCUGAACCAUGUGGCUCGUGCAAUAAAGUAAUCAUGCUCACAGAACUGAACAUGUUGCCCCUGCCCCAGAAUUCCAUUUGUGUGGGUGUAAGCAGCCAUUUGGUACUACAGUGUAAUGGAGCAGUGCAGGAAAUGCAAGCACCAUUCGGGCAGGAAUGACUGCCAGUAUGCAUUUUUUACUUUAUUUUAGUUUAAAAUGUCUAAACAUCACUACGGUGUUUUAAAAUAUUUAUUUAUAUUUGAAAAGCUAUGCUAGCUUCACCAAUUAAUUUAAAACCUCCUUGUUUUAAAACCAUUACUACUCCAUGUGGUGGUAAAUGAACCAAUAUUAUCCUCAGUUCAUAUGUAGCAUUUCAAAAUAUAUUUUUAAAUAAGUAUGUAUGAUAAGAUUUAUUAAUCGUGAAACAGAAUUGAAGGCAGUGUUUUWUAAUUAAAUAAUUUGUGUCUUUCUCCCUUCCUUGUGGGAAGUCAGGURUCUGUYUAAGAGGAGAUUUAAGCAAUUGUGGCCAUCUCUGUGUGGUGUAAAAGUUUGGCUCAGGCCAUGGAAUUUCAGACAAGAGCACAGCACCUUCAGAAGGCACRAGGGACCUUGUAGAAAUGGCUUUUCCUGUUCCAGAGGUAAUGAAUAAUGAUGAGCUGUAACCUUUGAAUUUCUGUGAAYUGAAGCAAUGCUUCACUAUUACUGUGGGCUCUAAAACUGCACUUACAUAUGCUUUGCCACACAAAGCCAGCCCACAAGAAUCUUUCCUGUGUUAAGAAACACAGAAUAAUUACAGAGUAACCCCAAAUAUGAGAUACUUGAGAGGCAUGUUGUUAAAAUCUAGGAUAUCAUAACGAACUUCAACUAGAAACAUUUCAACUUUGUUGCAAACACAACCCAAAAGGAUGCCAUUCAAAAAGAGGGCCUGUAAUUCAUAGAUUUUACUGAAAUUUACGCAAGCAUUGUGCUCCUUUGUUGUACUCAUUUGAUAAAUACAGAAAUGUUGAAAAUGUGUCAUAUUACUUGUGUGAAAUGCCAACUGAUUAUAGUUUAUUUAACAAAAAAGAAUAUACUCUAUAUGUAAUAAAACAGAAAUUCCAAAUGCUUUUCUUGGCUAUUUCYACCCUUUAACUUGCUGAACUUGGCACCAUCCUCCAUGCUGUACUUUUUUUUUCUACACAGUGUGUCUUCAAUACAGGCAUGUGAAGUUUUUUUUCACCCAUCUCAUUUAACUUUUGAGCAGAUAAGUAUGUUUAAGCUGUCUGUAUUUUGGCAGCUUUUUGCAAGUUAUGGAAGAGAUUAUAUGGAGCAGUAAAAGUGUCUUGUUGGGUUCAGGAUCAAUAGGAAUAGCUGGAAGGGGAAGGAGCAGAGUAAGUAGCAUUCUACAGCAAAUGUACAACCUGUAGGUAACAAAGGAAAGUGUCUGCUGGGAUUUGUCUGGUCUAAUAAAAUGAUAUGAAGAAAAUUWUAAAACAGAAGACAACUUUUUCACAGAAUUAAAGGUACGUUGAGAUUUUCAUAUUACUUAAUGAAAUGCUCGAGUUGCACAUGAGAUAUAAAUGUUUCCAGACACUUGGAAAAAAGUAAAGCCUGGAAACUUGGUCUUCAGUCAAAAAUGAAAGGAUUGUUUUAAACAGACAAGUUAGAAAGGUCUAAUGAAAAA